AUGCAGCGGGCGAGUCCGGUGCUCUGGGCCGCGGCUCUGGCCGUGCUCACGGCUCUGCUCGGCGGCUCUCCGGGGGCGCGGGCCGCGGCGGGCAGCGGCCCCGUGGUGCGCUGUGAGCCGUGCGAUGCGCGCGCGCUGGCGCAGUGCCCGCCACCGCCCGCCGCGCCCGCAUGCGCCGAGCUGGUGCGCGAACCGGGCUGCGGCUGCUGCCUGACGUGCGCCCUGCGCCUGGGCCAGCCGUGCGGCGUCUACACAGAGCGCUGUGGCGCGGGUCUGCGCUGCCAGCCGCCGCCCGGGGAGCCGCGCCCGCUGAAGGCGCUGCUGGACGGCCGCGGGGUCUGUGCGAACGGCAGCACCCCGGACCGCCUGCGCGACUACGCGCUGCCCGCGCCAGGAAACAACAGUGAGUCUGAAGAAAGCCGAGGUGCAGGCAGCAUGGAGAACCAGGCCCUCCCCAGCACACCCCAUGUGCCCGACUCCAAAUUCCACCCUGUCCAUGCCAAAAUGGACAUCAUCCGGAAAGGGCACACAAAGGAAAGCCAGCGCAACAAGGUGGAGUAUGAACCCCACAGCACAGACACCCAAAACUUCUCCUCGGAGUCCAAGAAGGAAACAGAAUACGGCCCCUGCCGCCGGGAAAUGGAGGACAUGCUCAACCACCUCAAGUUCAAAAAUAUGCUCAGCCCACGUGGGCUGCAACUCCCCAACUGUGACAAGAAAGGCUUCUAUAAGAAGAAGCAGUGCCGCCCCUCCAAAGGCCGGAAGCGGGGUAUCUGCUGGUGCGUGGACAAGUACGGGCAGCCUCUCCCAGGCUAUGAUGCCAAGGGCAAGGGUGACGUGCAGUGCUAUCACCUGGAAAGCAAGUAGAAGCUGUUGCCACCACUUCAUGUGGAAAUCAAAUAUGCCUUAUUUUGCACAAGCAACUACCAAGGACAUGACCAGCAGCUGGCCACAGUCUCGAUUUCUAUUUCUUUAUGUGGUGAACUGAUUUUAUUUUUAAACCAAAGUUUAGAAAAACGUGUUUGAAAUGCCUAGAGUUCUUCUCAGUGGUGAAUUUGAGCAUCUGUUCACUCUCCAAUAGUCAGUGAAACAACACAGUCUGGUUCUCUUCCUGCUUCUCUGGAAACCUUUGUGGACCAGACCUCCCAACACCCCGACCUGGCCUGCAUCUCACUGACAUUCUGGCCUGCUGGAACUUCCUGGCCCCCUGGUGCUUCAAUGGACCGUACACUUCAACCUGCCAGGUGGACCCAAACAAGGCCACCAAUAGGACCCCUGCACUCUGGAGGCUUGACCACCCAAACAAUAACCCCCCUACUUGGAGCAUCU